UUUCACAUUUCAGUUUCCUGGUAUUUCAGGUAGGCUAGAGACUUUCUGACUUUUCCUAUUUAUCCAUUUUCAGCAAUGCUUUCGCGAUUUCUUUCAGCAGCUCAGCAUUCACACGCCUUUUCCGUGGAAAAGCAUUUUUCUAGUUUUAAAAAUCAAAUGACAUAUUGUACCAAAAAAAAAGGAAAAAAAAAAGAAACCAGAAAUACAACAAAGUAAAACCGACAUGCGUGUACACCACUCGAGCAGAGUCCGAAUGACCCUGCCACGUUUUGUGGACAUUUGAUAAGUUUCGUUUUGCAAGUCCAGCGUCGCAGAGUUUCGGUUUCCGUUUCCAUGGUAAACACUGACCAAAAGUGCGUGAGAGCGUGACGCGACCAGGCCCCCCUGCAGCUGUUUUACGGUUGUGCGUCUGAUCAUUCGAUCGGUUCUCGGAUGGCAACGCGCGUCAUGUCUGUCUUUGGUCAGUGGUCCUCUCGUGUUUUCUCCGUGGAGCUCAACGGGACAUCUGCACCGCUCUACUUUGCCCUGCGAGGAGACCAACCCCGGGGAGAAGUGCCAGGGCUGUUCAGCACCGUGCAGAGGAAUGAACGGUGUUACGGGCUGCUCGUCUGUCGCGGUGACAGGAUCCAAAGAGCCAAGUCGUAUUGGGUACUCAGGGACAAACUGUUGACGGAGUUGCCUUCGCAAUGUGAGCUUUUGCCAAUGUCGUCGUUUCUGCCCAAAGUGAAAGACUCUCUUCUUAAGGGGUAUUUCGUGAAGGACGCAUCUGACUGCACCUCCCUGACAGAACGAGUUUUGAAGGAUUUAGUACAGGACGACCUCGUGUUAGUGUGCUCCUACCAGCCGGGCGCAGACGGCGCUGUGUGGUCACAACACGCAUGGCCACGCAAAGAGAGACGGCCUGGACUGGCCGAUCAAUACCACGUGGUACAAUCUGCUGCUCCGGAUUACCACCCAUCCACUCUCAACAUCGUUAACUCAGAUGUUUUCUACAGUUUCGAGGAAGCCUAUCAAGUUCUCAGUGAGUGUGGUCACAUCAUACCGGAGUCUCGGGCAGUACUGGCACUGGCAGACCAGAGACGGGAGGCGAGACACAAACCAGACUUCCCUGUUAUUGUCAUAGAAGGACUGGAUGCCACAGGUAAAACCACCCUAACUGAGUCUCUCAGGGAGGCUCUGGGGGCCACUCUGCUACGCUCUCCACCUCAGUGCCUGUCCCCCUGGAGGGCUGCCUUUGAUCGGGAGCCACCACUCAUUCGAAGGGCCUUCUACGCCCUGGGGAACUACAUCACAGCAGAACAAAUAGGCCAGGAGGCCCUGCUGGCUCCUGUCAUCGUUGACAGAUAUUGGCACAGCACAGCAGCCUAUGCCAUUGCCACAGCAGUGAGUGGCCCAAUCUGUAACCUACCACCGAAAGGUUCAGAGGUGUACUGCUGGCCAAGGGACCUGCUGCAGCCUGGCCUGGUGGUCCUGCUCACUCUGGACCCUGAAGAAAGAAGGAAGCGGUUGAGGGACAGAGGUCAAGGUCAGACUGAGGAGGAGCAGAAACUAAACGACAGCAAGCUUUUCAGACUCAGAGUGGAAGAGGCUUACCGGAGUAUGAGUGGCCCAUCUUGCGUCACUGUGGAUGCUAGCCCUACUGCAGACCAAGUGCUCCAAAAAGUGCUGCUUUUAAUUAGAGACAAAUGGCACUUGUAAACAGGUCUGCAUCUCCCUCGAUGGCAGCGCUGCAUCAGGUGGAUGUUAUACCUCUCCUCGCCACUAGAUGCCAGUAAGGUGUUGUAAAUAUGAUGGAGAAGGUCGGGUGGCCAGGUUGUGGUCCAGCGAGGAGAUCAUUUUCACAAUGAGUAAAAGUUGAAUGGCCAGGGUCCACCACAACACGCUUAGAUCACAGAUAUGUGUUCAAGAAAACACCUGUGCAGACUCACACCAACAUACCCAAAUAGCAUGCGACAGCAGAUUCAACUCUAAAUAGCAUUAUUAAGCCUCAGCAGGCAUGCAUGCUCGUUGCAACUAAACAAUUACAAGAAACCAUAGGAUCUGUUUUACAUUUCUAAAUAAAAAUAUUGUUCCUUUCUUUGGAAUAUGGUUUUGAAUCAAAUAAAAUGUGAAUUACAGAAAAAAAGUGUCUGUAACCUUUGACUGAUAAUGUCUACUUGAAAAAAGAAUUGGACUUGCAUCACUGUACGAUCCAACACUGCAGUAUAUGAGUGUUUUGAAGCUUGAGCUUAUGAGUGAAUAUGUUUGAGUGAAUAUAA